ACUCCAGCAGUGGCAGGACUGCCAGUGGCGAUGGUGGCGACUGGCCGACGUCGUGCGUGUGUUUUGUUGCUGCUGCAAUGCGUUUCCUAAAUCUCGAAUCGACAGGUAAAAGAGUGUGAGAAAAGCAGUGGUCAGCUGGUGCAUCGUUCGGGGGACAGUGCCGAGGAAAGAGUAGCGGUGUAGUAAAUACCGAAAGUAAAUAAAAUAUCGGAGUCAGAGCAGUACCGUGCGACAGGAAAAAGGGGGAAAAAAAGGUUACGAGGGGCGGAUCGUCGAUGGUAAGGACCGUUUGCGUGAAAGUGAUAAUAUUCUUGGUAAACGAUGGCGUAAGUUCGUCAGUUUCGAACCGAGGCGUGCCGUGUGCCGUGUGCCGUGUAUCGUGUGCUCCCCUGGUCCGUCAUUUUCCCAUCCGAGCUCCCGUGCUACGCAUAUGAUUCGGCUGCUCCGAAAAGUCGCGCGCGCGAACAACGGAACGCGUUUACAAAGUAAGGUCAGUGAAAACAGGAUCGAGUGUGUGCUAUGCUGUCCGGUCGGCACGCGGGCUACAUAGUGAAUAUACUCGUAACAUCGGUGCGUCUUUGAUCAUCGCGCGUACCGUGAACCUCCGCUCUUCUACUUCCCGCAUAUAUAACGCGCGAGCGUUCCGUCGCCCGUCGACGCAUCUCGUUCCCCUGUGCCCUAUCGUGACUGUUACCUACCCGCUACUUCCUUGCGUCGUCGCGUUGUUGUUUUGUUUAUUGUUGUCCGCGCGUACCCGCGAAGUGGUGCUAAUAACCUAACCCCGGAACAGUGGCUUUUAACUGUGCGAGAGAAUAUGGUUACAAUGAUCAGUGAUACGUGUGGAUACGUUCCAUUUCUGCUGCUGCUGUUGCUGGUUCCUUAUAUCGAGAGCGCACGAAGACUGAACGAAUACAUCCACCACUAUGAACCACUCUCCUAUCCUACUGAAGAGAUCCACCGGGGUCACCUGAGGGCCAAGAGGUCGGUUACCCGCGACAAUUCUGUGACUCUGAAGUUUCGUUCGCACGGGAAGGACUUUCAUAUUCGACUGAAGCGGGACCUGACCAUCUUUAGCAAUAACCUAAUUAUCGAAGGCCCUUCCGGGCAUUCGGAGGACCUCGAAACAUCACACAUUUACCAGGGCUAUUUAGUUGGCGAACCUGGCAGUCAUGUGUUCGGAAGCAUCAGCGACGGUGUUUUCCACGGGAAAAUAAUUUCGCCCCGCGGCGGCGCGUGGUACGUGGAAAAGGCGCACUAUUACUUUCCACCGCACGAGAUAAAUGACACGCUACAUUCUGUGAUCUAUCACGAAAAUGACGUCGGCGAUCCGUACGCCCAUCUUCGGAAAGGUGAGCACGGUGGUUGCGGAAUCACCGACGACGUGGUGGAGUGGAUGGAGAGAAUUCAAAAUUCGGGCGAGCCGGACGUUCCACCUCCGGGGACGGCCGCGAACGUCAAGAAACCCCAGCCACGGACGAAUCCAUGGAACGCGGAUCAGGAAUCGCCUGGUCACAAAUACUCCCGGGAAGCUAACGAACCUAGUCAUCGCAGGGUGCGAAGGGCGGCCAGGCCGAAGGAGGACAACAAGAACACUUGUUCCCUCUUUAUUCAGACUGACCCUCUUAUAUGGCGGCACAUAUCCGAACAGCUGCAUCACGACGCGGAGAAAACCAAAGAAGAGAUUCUGUCUCUCAUCGCGCACCACGUCACCGCUGUCAAUUACAUAUACAGAGACACGAGGUUCGACGGCAGAAUCAAGCAUAGGAAUAUUAAAUUCGAGGUGCAGCGGAUUAAGAUCGACGACGACACCGCGUGCACGCCGCAGCAGACGUACGGCGAGCCGAAUCCCUUCUGCAUGGAGAACAUCGAUGUCAGUAACUUUUUAAAUUUGCACUCGCUCGGCAACCACGAGGACUUCUGUCUCGCUUACGUGUUCACGUACAGGGAUUUCACCGGCGGCACUCUCGGGCUCGCCUGGGUCGCCUCGGCGUCCGGCGCAUCCGGGGGCAUAUGCGAGAAGUACAAAACCUACACGGAAACGGUGGGUGGGAUGUAUCAGUCGACGAAGAGGUCCUUAAACACGGGGAUCAUCACGUUCGUGAAUUACAACAGCAGGGUACCGCCGAAAGUGUCGCAGCUGACGCUGGCCCACGAGAUCGGACACAAUUUUGGAUCACCUCACGACUUCCCUCCAGAGUGUAGACCGGGUGGUCUGCACGGGAAUUACAUUAUGUUCGCGUCAGCGACGAGCGGCGAUCGACCGAAUAACAGUAAAUUUUCGAAAUGUAGUAUCGGAAAUAUUAGCAAUGUCCUAGACGCCAUCGAGGAUAAUAAAAAGAGAAAUUGUUUCACCGCAUCUGCUGGAGCAUUCUGUGGCAAUAAAAUUGUUGAGGCCGGGGAAGAAUGCGAUUGUGGGUACGAUGACGACGAAUGCGUGGAUAAAUGUUGUUACCCAAGGCAGGUGUCCGAGUUGGACAAAAUAAAGAACGAGACCGCUAAAGGCUGCAAUCGGAAAUUUGGGACGCAAUGCAGUCCGAGUCAAGGACCUUGCUGUUCAAGCGAGUCGUGCCAAUUUGUGCCACUAUCUAGAAAUGUUCAGUGUAAGGCCGAAUCCGAUUGCAGUUACAAUUCUACCUGCAAUGGGUGGUCCUCCGAGUGUCCUGCACCGUUACCGAGAGCCAAUAAAACUAGAUGUAACGAAGGAACACAGUUAUGCAUUAAUGGCGAGUGCACUGGAUCAAUUUGCCUGGAAUGGAACCUGACCGAAUGCUUUUUGACCAGUAACGUAAUUCCAAAUAUUGACAAACGUAAACUGUGCGAAUUAGCUUGUCAAAAUGGAACCGAUCCAUCCAGUUGCCGUAGCACCAGCGAGUUUGCACAUGUCGUCGGUUUGCCCGAAGGUGGAAUUAGUCUUCGACCUGGAUCACCCUGCGAUAACUUUCAGGGUUACUGCGACGUCUUUUUAAAAUGUAGAGCAGUGGACGCAGAAGGACCGUUAGCUAGAUUGAAAAAUCUUUUAUUUAACAAAGAGACGUUGCUCACGGUGGCGCAAUGGGUAACCGAGUUCUGGUGGGCAGUAUUGCUAAUGGGUAUAGCUUUCAUUAUUUUCAUGGGUCUGUUCAUCAAAUGCUGUGCCGUUCACACUCCUUCCAGUAAUCCGAAGAAACCACCGGCGAGACGUAUUAGCGACACUUUGAGGAGGCCGAUGAACACCUUGAGAAGAAUGCGACAUCCGCACGGUGGAGGAGGUGCCGGUCCGAGAAGUAUACCUCCCAGGCAAAGUCAAGGAGGCCACAGUGGAACUCGAGGACCCUCUCACGGUUAUGGAGAGGGCAGAGGUCCACAGUAUUAUCCGAAAGCAGGCUAUCGCUCGGUUCCCACAGCUAGUGCGCCAGCCAGUAGCAGUGCAGCACCCAACUACGGCCGUUCCAAUCACCCAGAACUGUACGCCGGGGCCUAUUCGGGCUCCGGGGGAGGCGGUCGGGCCGCAGCCUACGAGAUGAGGCAUCACAACAAGGUGUGACGAUCCUAGGGGACUACCACGGACGAGAAAUAAUCUCAACGUCGCGCCGUAACUUGUUCUAAUUAACAAUGCCAAACUGUGAAACGAGAACCGAUCCACCCGACACAUGAUGUCUUGCAUCGCGAGAGAGUAAACGAGAAACGAAGGGGGAAGAAUGAAAGAGAGAAAAGCGUGAUCGAGUGAGUUUCGAUAAAGUGAACAAAAAGGAAAAAGAAAAAAUACCGACGAUCGCCGAUCCACGUUUUUAUUUCGUAUAUAAGUAUAUUCACGUAAAGAAUGGGUCUGGUUUGGAAUUGUAUCGAAGUGAUGACGAUGCAUGCUAGAAGUCAACGGUGAUAUAUCGAACUUUCUCUGUUGAUGUUCCGUUCGUCGAGCCGACCGUCGGGUCAGCGAAAUAUACUGUCGUAGGGACAUCGACGUUCUGGGAACGAUGAAAGAAAGAAUGACAGCGUUGGACAUAAUAAUAGGUUGGAUCGUAAAUGAUGAUCCUCAGUAAUCUGUAUUAUCUCGUACGGUUUUAUGUAAUUUGUCUUUUGAAUGUUUCUCCGCAUAUUCCUCCGCGUUGCCAUUAAGUAUUCGCGUCGUGAUGAGAUCGAAAACAAGGUUGAAAAAAAGAAAGACUUCUCUGCCCGCGAAAUUCUUUGAACAAGUGAACGUAUCGAUCAAAGUUAUGUGAAUGAACAACGCUGGAUUCGCACAGCAAACGAUAUAUUGUAUUGUGGUAUUGAACGUAGCGUAUUUUUGCCGUUCGAUAUAAGGAACAUUUAUGGCCAAGAUUGCAUAGUAACGUUGAUGCGUCGACUGUCGAUUUCUGGAUGAAGUCGAGACGCGCACAUUUUUUCGCUCCCGAAAGCGUAAAUCUUUUUCAAAGGAUGUAUAAGAUUGUUUGCUAGAUGACCUAAGGAAGUUCAGCGGGGGACAGGAGACGACAAUAUAUAUUUGGAUUAAGUGUUAGAAUGAUAAACGUAAUUUUUGAAAGGCUCCCGCUGAGCGUACCUUGCAUUUUACGAAUUUCACGCGCGCGAUUUUUAUUCUACAUUGUUUUUUCUACGCGACGACAACAUUCUCAUCGGGCGUAACGCAUUUUAUUCCUUUUAUACGAUCCUCCGUUUUAUCCGCAUUUACAUUUUUAAUCGUUAGGAUUUUAUUAUUCCAAUGCAACUCAAUUUAAUUAAUUAAGAUAUUUAACGUAGCCUUUAAGAUACACUUAAAUAUUGAAUCGUGAUUUAAAAGUAUUCUAAUUGCGCUGUACUGCUUUCUGGAGCGAAGAGGGGCGCUCAUCAUUACCAAACUAUUGCAGGUCAUUCACUUGAUCUCUACCAUUGCAUAAUAAUUAAUGAUAUUUAAUAUUCUUAUACUAAUUUUUAUUAGCCAAUUGAAAAGAGCAAAGCUAUUAGAGACUAUGGUAAAUACAAGAGAAGCAGACAACACAAAACAGAUCUUUUUAUAGCGAUAUUUCAUUAACGAUCGUCUGGAUAAAAGUAAUGACAGAACGAUAUUGAUACUGAUAUUACUAUAAUUAUGAUUAUUACUAUUAUUAUUAAUAAUAUUAUUAUUAUUAUAUUAUUAUUAUACUAUUACUAUUAUUGAUUAGUUAUCUAUUGCAGAUGAUAAUUUAUCUCCACUAUCGCAAAUGUUAUAAGUUAUAUUUAAAUACGGUUUUUAACUUGCAAUUAUCGGGGGCUGUACCGUAAACGCGCUUUAAAUUAUGCGCAUGGCGGACCAAAGACGAGGCCUCCUCUUGAAAUAUAAACAUGUUUUAAUAUACAUACGUGGGCUCAAGCAGCAUAUUCAUGCACAACUGCAUUCUCGUAUGCGAUUGAUGAACAUUCGUGCGUAUUCGACCAUUGAAUCGCACCGAAUACUCGCGCAGUAUACAAUAUCCAUAUAACACACACUUCCUUAUUCGAAACGCCAAAAUGUUUAUACACGAUUGACUGAAAGUUUCUUUUGUUUCCAUUUUAAACUCGUCCCUCGUCGAGCCUUCUUGAGCAGAUUUUGUCCAAGUAUUCCCCGCGAGAUUUCCAUAUGAAACAAUAGGGGAUAACAACCGAAGACGUUGUUAAACCGUUAUCGUCGCAGAUCGAAAGCCAUUCAUCGAUGAUUUCAUUCGCGGCUUAGCGUUAGCCUUCUCCCUAUACUUUUUGAUAAUAAUACUACGAAGCUUGCCAACUAUCCCCGCGAGAAUCGAAUAUGUUUACUUAUCAGUCUACUGUCUUUCCAUGUUCUAACGAGGCGUUUCCGCUUCGUCGUGUACCGUUCAACGUCACGGCAAAGUAGUAGUGGUCAGCAUUCGCAAAGGAACGUAACGAUUCGAAAAAUCCUAUGGGCAUGCGAAACAGAAGGAACGUUUCCAGGGAUGGAGAAAAC